UGUGCUCUCGGCUUCACUGGAGACAGACUGGAAGUUGCGUCAGGCAGAUUACAAAAAGCCGCUCCUUGCCUUUCGGGUUUUUUAAGAACAACAACUUACAAGCGCCUCUAAACGGCCCAGUUUGCCGGCAUCUUUCAUCUGUUACAGUUACCGCAGUAAUAUCGCAUGUCCAAUAUACAGAACCUCCAGUCUUUUGAUCCCUUUGCUGAUGCAACUAAGGGUGACGACUUGGUUCCGGCCGGGACUGAGGAUAAAAUCCACAUCAGGAUACAGCAACGAAACGGGCGUAAGACACUGACCACAGUGCAGGGAAUCGCCGAUGAUUAUGAUAAAAAGAAGCUGGUGAAGGCCUUUAAAAAGAAAUUUGCCUGCAAUGGUACAGUGAUUGAGCAUCCAGAGUAUGGAGAGGUGAUUCAAUUACAAGGUGACCAGCGGAAGAACAUUUGUCAGUUUCUGAUGGAGAUUAACAUCGUAAAGGAGGAACAGUUGAAGGUUCACGGUUUUUAAAAAUGGACCCUUCGGGGCUUUAAGGACUGCACCAGCAUGUAGCAAUCCAGGCAUAUUCAUAGCAUGGUUUUGUGACCAUAUGCUAGCAAAACUGACCGCAGGGUAACGCUGAUAUAUUUUGCCAUCAUUCCAAUCUCAGAUCUUCAUGAUGACCUCAAGCAGGCCAGCAUAUCCAGCCUGGUCUGAAUUAGACACUGAAUCUUUAUUGCUGAUGCUAGUUAAUGUUUUAUGGUAGAUACUCAAUUGCAAUAUCUUUUUAUCAAUGACAAUAAAAGUGUGUGACUUUG